ACAAGAGCAGGAGGGGGGGGACUGUUAACCCCAUCCCUGUCCAGAUCAUUAGCUCUUUCCUUUUGCUUUGCACUAAGCUCAUCCUCCCAGAGCGAGCCCGGCCUGCCAGGGAAAUCCAGGAAUCUGCAACAAAAACGAUGACAGUCUGAAAACCCUCCCUGGUGCCAACCUCCAAAUUCUCAUCUGUCACUUCCCCAGACCCUGACUAGUUGACAGAGCAGCAGAAUUUCAACUCCAAUAGACUUGAAUGUGCUUCUGGGCAAAGAAGCAGAGCUAACCAGGAAAGGGGUUUAAAGAGUUUUUCUCUUGGGUAUUUGUCAAACUUUUAUUGCCUGGCUGCGUGCAAAGAGGGGACCCAACUUCGGUUUUCUCCUGAGGCUCUGGAUCCAGCCACUUACCUGAAGGUCUAGAAAGCCAUGAAGACUCUGCUUUUCUUCCUCUACAUCUUGGGAGCUGCAGCUGCGAUCCCGACAAAUGCAAAGUUCUUAUCUGAUCAUUCCAAACCAACUGCUGAAACAGGAACACCUGACAACACUGCAACCCCCAUUUUAUGGGAUGAUGAUGAUGCCGAAAACGAAAAGGAAACUGUAGAAUCCAUAGAAGACAAUCCCAACCAUGAGGCUGAAAAGUCUUCAAUACUAAAGUCAAAAGGGGAAAGCCAGGAGCAGUCAGCAGAACAGGGCGAGAGUUAUAGCCAAGACCUGGGGUCGAAGGAUCCAGAGGACAGUGACGGGGACUUGAGUGUCAAUUUGGGGCACACACCAACUGAAGGCACGUUGGACCUACCGGAAGGUACAGAGGAGCCUCCAAAGGAAAAACUCCCAGAGAACAUCCAUCUCCCUGCUUCCGAUGCGAGCUCCUUUGAGGAGCCUAACAAUGAAGAAAGCAUCACAGAGCUUGAGGAAAACCAAGAACAACCUACAAGUGAUUCCCAUCAUCAGCUGAAUAGGAGCAAUAAACACAGCCAAGACCUGAGGGACCAAGGAAACCAAGAGCAGGAUCCAAAUAUUCCCAAUGGAGAAGAAGAGGAGGAGGAGGAGGAGGAGGAGGAAAAAGAGCCAGGUGACGUGGGUGCCCACGUUGAUAACCAAGAAAAGGAGAGAGAAUUUCCCAAGGAGCAUCCUGGCAGCCAGCGGGAAGAUGGCAAUACUCAAUCUGAUGAUAUUUUGGAAGAGUCUGAUCAACCAACGCAAGUAAGCAAGUCGCAGAAGGAGGAGUUUGAGCAAGGUAACCAAGACCAAGAAGAGGGUACCUCCGACACAGAAAUGGAAGAGGAAGAUGCAUCAGACAUCAAUAGGCACAUUCCGGGGACGGAAUGGCAGAGCCAAGAGGGUAGACCUGGCCUUGACGCUGUCAGCAGCAGCGAGGAGAAUGAUAAAAAGACUGUCCCUGAGGCUUUGCUCCUGGAACCUACUGAUGGCGGUGACGUCAUGCCCCAAAACCCCGGUGCCAGUGAUGAUGGGGCUGAAGAUGGCCCCAAGCCCAGCUCAAGGGAUGACGACCUCAUCCCAGGCCAGGCCUUUCUGGAGGGAGAAAGAGCUCAAUCCAAUUACCAUCAUAGCAAGGACGAGGAGCAAAGAGAAGGAGCACAUGGGAACGAAAGCGCAGAGACCACUGGAACCGGAGAACGCCCAGAGGCCAAGAAAGCAUCGAAUGAAGAUGAAAGCUCCUCGAAUGAAGACAAAUCAUCAAGUGAAGACAAUGGGAGGCUGCCCAGUGUUGAUGCUUGCAUGAGCUUCCAGUGCAAAAGAGGACACGUUUGCAAGGCAGACCAGCAGGGAAGACCCCACUGUGUUUGCCAAGACCCGGUGGCUUGUCCCCCAACUAAACUGCUUGACCAAGUUUGUGGCACCGACAAUCAGACCUACGCCAGUUCUUGUCAUCUGUUUGCCACUAAGUGCAGAAUGGAAGGGACCAAAAAGGGGCAUCAACUACAACUGGAUUAUUUUGGAGCCUGCAAAUCUAUUCCUGCUUGUACGGACUUCGAGGUGGCUCAGUUUCCUCUACGGAUGAGAGACUGGCUCAAGAAUAUCCUCAUGCAGCUCUACGAGGCUAACUCCGAGCACACCGGGUACCUCAACGAGAAGCAGAGAAAUAAAGUCAAGAAAAUCUACCUGGAUGAGAAGAGACUCUUGGCUGGGGACCAUCCCAUUGACCUUCUCUUAAGGGACUUUAAGAAAAACUACCACAUGUAUGUGUACCCCGUGCACUGGCAGUUUAGUGAACUUGACCAGCAUCCUACGGACAGAGUCCUGACGCAUUCUGAGCUGGCCCCUCUGCGAGCAUCCCUGGUCCCCAUGGAGCACUGCAUCACCCGCUUCUUCGAGGAGUGUGACCCCAACAAGGACAAGCACAUCACCCUGAAGGAGUGGGGCCACUGCUUUGGAAUUAAAGAAGAAGACAUAGAUGAGAAUCUCCUGUUUUGAAUGAAGAUUUGAAAGAAAUCCACCUUUCCACCAUCCUCUGUCGUAACCACCUCAGAAAUAUAUGCAGCUGUGAUACCUGUAGAUUUAUAUUUAGCAAAACGUUCGCAUGUGUAAGAAGACAAUGAGAGCAACUCCUUGAUAAAAAUAAAUGCACCAGGCAUUUAACACAACUUUGGAAAUACAUCUUUUAGGUAAAGUCAGUAUAUACAAAACACUGUACAUUGUGAACAGAAGUGUAACUCAUAGUAAUUUUACUCUCUGCAUCAACUUAGGAGGUAAUUAGUAAUUGUAAAACUUGAAAAAAAAUAAUGCAUUCAUACUAUUCAUAAUAUCAUGUACACUACAAGUGGGGGAUUGCUCUUUUAUGUUAACAUGCAUUAUUUUCAAUAUCUUAAUAUCCUAAUAAAGAGUCCAUAAAAAUCCAAAUGCUUA